GUGAAUUAAAAAUCCAUAAUGAAGGUUCUGCAAUUUGCUCUAGUGUUUUCCGCCAUCGUGGCCAUUGCUUUUGCUGCCAAUGCCAGUUGGGGAGCUAAGUUAUCCAGUAGCAAGCUGGCAAGCACCCAGAACGUGACCAUUUACAGGAAGCUCAAUCAAACUGUGAGCGACUUAAUCAUUUUCCCCCUGAAAGGCCAGACCAACACCAAAACGAUUCGGUUCAUAAGUAUCACUGACAGAUUUACCAACAGCUCGGGACCUUAUUCCACCUUGAAUUCUGGCGGUCCAGGAUACACCAGCGCCAGUAUCAAUGUCACUAGUCAGUGGGCCCAAGGAAUUAAUGUCACUGCUCAAAUUUGGACUGAUGCCUAAAUUAAAUAUGUAAAUAAAAAAUUGAUUAUAUUAAAGCAAAUAAAAAUUUGUUAAAAACAUAGG